GUCCGCCUUAUCCCACACCUGGGAUGCGAAUACAAUUGGAGCUCACGCGUAGGACUGCUCAUACAAUGCUUCCAUACAAUCUCUUCAAAGGAGGCUGUCGCCGACCAAUCUUCAUCAAGAAAAGUUUACCUUGCAACCUUCUCCAAAGAAAUGGUCGCAGAGGCAUGCACGGUGCUUCAAUGCCGAUCCUUCGAAAGCAGAUUGACAGCGGUCUAGAAAACAUUGAAGAAGAAGAACUGUAUCGAUAUACUCGACAUCGGUGGCUAUACAACGAGUCUGAGCAACUUGCAAAUCGGUACCGCAAGUUCAAUAUCUCCAACCUCGUCGAGGUCUCAGUGAAUGCUGCUGGUAAUGGUGCCAAAUCAUGUGUGGAAAUCAUCAAAUGUGUCGAAGGUCAAAGAAACAAGGCUAUGAUCAUGAAGAUGGACAAUGGAACGGAAGUUGUAGCAAAGCUUCCUCAUCCUAAUGCGGGUCCUGCUUUCUAUACUACUUCUUCUGAAGUUGCUACCCGAAGUUUUCUACGUGAAGUUGUGAAGUUCCCCAUACCAAAGGUCCUUUCGUACUCGGCCGAUGGUGAUAAUUCAGUAGGUGCUGAAUAUAUUAUCGAGGAGAAAGCAGUAGGAGAGCCAUUAGAGAAGUUCUGGCCUCGGUGGGACAUGGAAUCCAAGCGCAACCUUGUGACACAACUCGUCGAUUUAGAGACAGACCUUACAGCUGUGACAUUCAAAGAGCAUGGCUGCAUCUAUUUCAAGAAGGAUCUCAAGGACAAAGGUGUUGAUGCUUCUACUUUGCAAGGCAGCUUUACGCCCCUCGAGGCAAAGGCAUUUGUUGGUAUCGAAUCCGAUCGUUGGGCCAUGGGGCCGUUGACGGAACCAAGAUUGUGGCAAGGUGAAAGAGAAAAGAUGGCGUUACAGCGAGGUCCUUGGAGUGAUCCACUGUCGUACAUGAGAUCUAUUGCAGAGAACGAAUUAGAGUGGAUGGUACUCCACGGAAAGGCCCAAAUAAAGCCUUACGACAGACUCGGAGACCCAGAGUAUGAGGAUUAUGAUUUUGUUUUGCGGGCAUUUCUCAGAGCUUGGCCGAAACUCGAUACUAGACCUUUCCCAACUUCACUCUCUCAUCCAGAUCUCGGCCUGAGCAACGUAUACGUCGACCCGUAUACAAAGAAAAUCACAUGCAUUACUGGUUGGCAGUCAGCUUCGGCGUCUGAGCCCUUCUUCCAAAGUGAGCUUCCAAGCAUGCUUGUCCAAUAUGGUUCUUGGUUUAGCAGACACGAAAAGCUCGCUGCUGCGGCAAGAAAUAACGAUUUUACCCCUUACCUAGCCGAUCAUUACAGAAACAUCAAAAGCGUCAAGAACGAAGAGCAUUGGGCCGCAGUCAAUAUUCAGAACCGCUCACUCUUAUACGACCCUGUGUCUCUUAUCCCUGGUGCUCUAAGCCGCAACGAUGUCUUCCCUCUUCAGCGCGUCAUGGUCGACAUAGGUGCUCACUGGGACAUGAUCACAGCCGCUCCCUGCCCUUGUUGUGUCGCAGCGACUAAGGGUGUACGAAAGCAAAUAGCGAGAUCAGGCGAAUUCCAUGAUUUGGCGGUUGCUUAUGCAGAAGCAUGUCAUAACGAAGGAAAAAUCCUAAAGGGUGGAAUUGUCCGUGCAGAAGACUUCUCCGUGGUAGAACGAGAGAAUCGCGAGGCCGUGGAAGCGUUGGUUGGUGAAUUCCAGAGAGAAGGUACAAGACGUUGGUUGGAACGGCUUUGGCGUCACAUAUUCCAACGAGAGAUGAAUUAAAGUCAGCUGCCAAGCAGUCUUAAUUAGCCUAUCAAUGAGGGGUGACUUAAUUUGUCACAAUUGGGGGGCCUCGUUGGGUCCUAGAACAGGUGAGAUAUGGGAAUACUCACCAGAUCAUCCCCAGACAGGUAGAAAACAAACUCUACUCAGAUACAUGAAUACAAAAGCAGUUGC